UUCCCUGUCCUCACCGUGCAGUCCCCGACAGAUCCCAGAGAGAUUAGAGGGUGCGUUUCAUUUUUGUCCCAGAGCAGGAUGAGUGCUGUGAAGAGAGCCGUGCUGCUGACGCUGCUGCUCGCGGCAAUCGGCAGCUCUGCCGCGGCGGGCCCCGAAGACUGCCAAGGUGUGAACGUAAAGCUGCAAACUAAAGACAUCCACAAGAUUUUCGGGGACUGGGUCCUGGUCUGGUCCGUCACUGCCCACAACAAAGGCAACGUGCUUCUUCCAAAAGUCACCAGCUCUCACGUCGAGUUCAGACUCCGCGAUGAUAACAAGACGGUCAUUUUCACAGAGAGGAACAAAUUCACACACCAGGCGUGUCUCACCUACAUCAUCAACAUGACGAUGCCCACUGACCCGCAGGACAGCACCAUGACCACCUUUCCUGGUUCCAUGGAGCAGGACGGUCUUCUUGAGGUGUUCAACGUGACAGCGACCCUGACUUUCUUCGAGACCUGCCCUGACUGUCUGUCGAUGGUCUGGAAGGACAGCAGGGGACGAUUCCUGCUCAACUACAGGAAGGAGGGGGAUCACCAGGAUGCUGAGAAGCUGAAAGCAGACCACAGCGAUCACCACAAACUGGCCGCCUGUCUGGGAUUCUCCACCAACGCCAAGCCGUUCAACUAUGACGGAGCUGCAGAUUUCUGUCAUAAGAAAUCAUCUCCGGAGGUGGAGCCAGAAGCGUCCUGAGUGAAGACGUUGGAGCAAAACAAACAUAUCUCAGAUAUGUCCUCCACCAAUACAAUAAAAGCAAAUACUAAAACCUG